UUAAAGACAAUGUUGGCCCGUUCGUGGUGCAUUCUUGGUAAACGCUGCGUAUGUCGGCUCAAUCGGAAAUUACCUUUACAUGGCGCAUAGCCGACAAAGAGCAAUCGGAAAUGACCUUUACAUGGCGCAUAGCCGACAAAGGGCAAUCGGAAAUGACCUUUACAUGGCGCAUAGCCGACAAAGGGCAAUCGGAAAUGACCUUUACAUGGCGCAUAGGCGACAAAGAGCAAUCGGAAAUUACCUUUACAUGGCGCAUAGCCGACAAAGAGCAAUCGGAAAUGACCUUUACAUGGCGCAUAGCCGACAAAGAGCAAUCGGAAAUGACCUUUAGAUGGCGUAUAACCGACAAAGAGCAAUCGGAAAUGACCUUUACAUGGCGCAUAGCCGACAAAGAGCAAUCGGAAAUUACCUUUACAUGGCGCAUAACCGACAAAGAGCAAUCGGAAAUGACCUUUAGAUGGCGCAUAGCCGACAAAGAGCAAUCGGAAAUGACCUUUACAUGGCGCAAAGCCGACAAAGAGCAAUCGGAAAUGACCUUUACAUGGCGCAUAGCCGACAAAGAGCAAUCGGAAAUGACCUUUAGAUGGCGCAAAGCCGACAAAGAGCAAUCGGAAAUUACCUUUAGAUGGGGCAUAGCCGACAAAGAGCAAUCGGAAAUGACCUUUACAUGGCGCAUAGCCGACAAAGAGCAAUCGGAAAUGACCUUUACAUGGCGCAUAGCCGACAAAGAGCAAUCGGAAAUGACCUUUAGAUGGCGCAUAGCCGACAAAGAGCAAUCGGAAAUUACCUUUACAUGGCGCAUAGCCGACAAAGAGCAAUCGGAAAUUACCUUUACAUGGCGCAUAGCCGACAAAGAGCAAUCGGAAAUUACCUUUACAUGGCGCAUAGCCGACAAAGAGCAAUCGGAAAUUACCUUUACAUGGCGCAUAGCCGACAAAGAGCAAUCGGAAAUUACCUUUACAUGGCGCAUAGCCGACAAAGAGCAAUCGGAAAUUACCUUUACAUGGCGCAUAGCCGACAAAGAGCAAUCGGAAAUUACCUUUACAUGGCGCAUAGCCGACAAAGAGCAAUCGGAAAUUACCUUUACAUGGCGCAUAGCCGACAAAGAGCAAUCGGAAAUUACCUUUACAUGGCGCAUAGCCGACAAAGAGCAAUCGGAAAUUACCUUUACAUGGCGCAUAGCCGACAAAGAGCAAUCGGAAAUUACCUUUACAUGGCGCAUAACCGACAAAGAGCAAUCGGAAAUUACCUUUACAUGGCGCAUAGCCGACAAAGAGCAAUCGGAAAUUACCUUUACAUGGCGCAUAGCCGACAAAGAGCAAUCGGAAAUUACCUUUACAUGGCGCAUAGCCGACAAAGAGCAAUCGGAAAUUACCUUUACAUGGCGCAUAGCCGACAAAGAGCAAUCGGAAAUUACCUUUACAUGGCGCAAAGCCGACAAAGAGCAAUCGGAAAUUACCUUUACAUGGCGCAUAGCCGACAAAGAGCAAUCGGAAAUGACCUUUAGAUGGCGCAAAGCCGACAAAGAGCAAUCGGAAAUUACCUUUAGAUGGCGCAUAGCCGACAAAGAGCAAUCGGAAAUGACCUUUACAUGGCGCAUAGCCGACAAAGAGCAAUCGGAAAUGACCUUUACAUGGCGCAUAGCCGACAAAGAGCAAUCGGAAAUUACCUUUACAUGGCGCAUAGCCGACAAAGAGCAAUCGGAAAUGACCUUUAGAUGGCGCAAAGCCGACAAAGAGCAAUCGGAAAUUACCUUUACAUGGCGCAUAGCCGACAAAGAGCAAUCGGAAAUUACCUUUACAUGGCGCAUAGCCGACAAAGAGCAAUCGGAAAUUACCUUUAGAUGGCGCAUAGCCGACAAAGAGCAAUCGGAAAUGACCUUUACAUGGCGCAUAGCCGACAAAGAGCAAUCGGAAAUGACCUUUACAUGGCGCAUAGCCGACAAAGAGCAAUCGGAAAUGACCUUUACAUGGCGCAUAGCCGACAAAGAGCAAUCGGAAAUGACCUUUACAUGGCGCAUAGCCGACAAAGAGCAAUCGGAAAUGACCUUUAGAUGGCGCAAAGCCGACAAAGAGCAAUCGGAAAUGACCUUUAGAUGGCGCAUAGCCGACAAAGAGCAAUCGGAAAUGACCUUUAGAUGGCGCAAAGCGCAAUCGGAUUGAAUCCCGGACAAAGUUUCAAAAGAUGUUGUUUGUAUAUAUUGUCACAUUACUUUUUGUAUCUAUACAGCUUUCCAUUAUGUUCCAUUGAUUGUGUAUAUACUGUAUGAAGACAGAUCCAGUUGUGUAUAUGAACUUUGAUGAUUUGUGUGGUAAUUUAUUCUUUCUUCCAUUGGGAACCUGGUGACUAGCUGAAGAAGUCGGGGAAUCUCAGGGGGGGGGGGGGGGGGGUUAGCAGUGUGUAUAUUAUCUCUGUUAUGGAAAAGACUCUGGAGAGUCAGACAGCCGGUGAACCAUUUGUUCGUCACGUCUGAAGCGAGGCGAAGCCUUCAUCCUCAGUGUUUUUAGCCCACAGCCUCAAAAGUACCUCCAAGUUACCAGAACAUCAUCAGUAACGUGAAAAUGUAGAGUUUGGUUUUUAAGGUCCUCAACAUUACUGAUUUUUGUUGAUAACCAAUUCGUGAUCAAUUUGUACUUCUGCAGUCAACUGUAUUGUAUAUCAUAUGUUCAUAUUGCUGUAUGUCCAAAGGUCUGUCUUACAACAAAACAAACAUUCCAUUGUCAAUUAUGUCUAAUAAAGUGUAAUCAGAUGUCCAUUAGAGUCUAAUGAGUGUAUGAGGGAGGCGGGACUACAGUUGGUUUUGAAUGUGACUGCAUUCCACCCGGUUGGGUAUCUCCUAUAUGGCAAUAAAGACCCCAUUUAGAUCUUUAUGUAACUCACUCUCUUAUAAUCAGUUAUAAUAACGACACUCAUUUCACUGGUAGGUUUCAAUUCAAUAAAUCUUUGUCCAUGAAA